AUGACGAUUCCUCGCAUGGCCACAUCUUCUCAUUACCUGCUUGACAGCAUCCACGCAUUUUCAGCCUUACACCUGGCCUCGGUUGAACCUGAUAAUCGGGCUUCAUGGCUAAAUCAUGCCGCGCAAUAUCAGAGCCAGGCAUGCGCUGGAUUGAGCAUGGUUCUUCCGGAUAUCUCACAACCAGAUUAUGAACCAGCAUUUGUCUCUUCCAUCAUCAUAAUGCUUUUCGCCAUGGGAUAUCGAGUAUUAUCUGUUGAAAAUCGACCACUUGAUCCGGUUUCGGUAAUUCUUGAGGCUCGCACCUUGAUGUCCGGCCCGGCCAUGCUUUUUUCCCGGAUACUUGAAGCCGGCAUUGAAGCGCAGCUGGAGGGCUGGCUGUGCCUUAGUGAUACACCAGAUGGUCUCGAAGUUGGGAAACAUGAUCUUGGUGGAGAAUCUGUCAAAAACACACAGAUAUUAUUCAGUCUACACAAAGACAUAUUGACGUCGAUGGUCGGACUAAAAUCGAUGAUUGACGCAAGGAAAGGAGAGGAUCAACCGAUCUACCAAACCACAUGGCAGCGGCUGCAUGAAGCCAUCGAACCGUGGCCGAACAUUGGGCCACAUGGCGGUCCCAUUGCAUGGCCCUUAUCUCUCUCCGACAAGUUUGCCUCGCUGCUUCAAAGUGGUGACUGGAUUGCCCGAGUUAUGCUUCUGCAUUAUGGCGUAGCUAUGCGUCUCCUGUGCCAUCGAUGGUACGUGCGCGAUUGGGGUCGUCGGCUCGUAUUGGCCACACUACAACUAUUGGAUAAUAUUCCGCAGGAGUGGGAAGGGACUAUUUCUUGGAUACGACAAGCUGCUGCAAGGGAGGACUAG